CUUUGCUUUUAUUUUAGGUUAUUCUGUUUCAAAACCUCAUCUGAGAAACACAGACCCAAUUUCCUUACAGGUUCAAACUGUUCCGUAUUCUCUCCCUUAUAGUUCUCUAAUAAUUGGUCAAGAUAGACCGUGUAAAGUAUAUAAUGCUGUCUUCAGGGGGCAGAGUCAGAAUCAUGAAGGUUGUUACCGGUGUUCUUCUUAUUUCCGGAUUUAUCCUCCUGGCAAACUGCUGUGGAUCAUCUGAGGCCCAGGCGAAUGGACCUAAGGUUAAUAAGAAAGUCUGGUUUGAUAUCACCAUCGGCGGUGAGGCCGCUGGCCGAAUUGAAAUUGGUCUGUUCGGCGGCACUGUUCCCAAGACCGUUGAGAACUUCUACCAGUUGGCCCUAAAGCCCGAGGGCGAGGGAUAUAAGGGAUCCAAGUUCCACCGAGUCAUCAAGGACUUCAUGCUCCAGGGUGGAGAUUUCACCAGGGGAGAUGGAACUGGAGGAAGAUCUAUCUAUGGAGAGAAGUUUGCCGACGAGAACUUCAAGCUGGAGCACUACGGAGCCGGAUGGUUGUCCAUGGCCAACGCUGGUAAGGAUACCAAUGGUUCCCAGUUCUUCAUCACCACCAAGAAGACCUCCUGGCUCAACGGCAAGCAUGUCGUCUUCGGCAAGGUUAUCAAGGGUAUGGAUGUUGUAAGGAAGAUUGAAAACAACAAGACCGAUGGUAGAGACAAGCCAGUAAAAGAGGUCAAGAUUGUUGACUGUUCUGCCGAGGAUAUUGCCGAACCAUUUGCAGUUGAGAAGUCUGAUGCUGUUCUGUAAACCUGAACCUAGAGAUAUCUGGGGUCAAUAACCCCACCACCCAGUCUAAUCCGGGAAAUUCAAGUAUUUUAGAAGAACCUUCAAACCGGUUUUCAGAACCGGUUCUUUGUUCAAAUUCUGCUCAAGAUAUCAAAAAGUGAUGGUUAAACCAACAAACAUAAACUAACUCGUGACAGAAUAUACAAUCGCAUUUAUUUUGUUUGAUAUUUGUGUGCAUCAUUGUUAAAUACAAAUACUUGAUUAUUUUA